GAUUACUUUCUUCUCUGCUGCAAAAGGGGUUUUAGUUUGAUCGAAGAAGAUGGGUAGACUUUUUGUUAUCACUCUUGAAGGAAACUUCUACAGUUGCAAGUACUGUAAAACUCAUUUGGUUCUUGCUGAUCACAUUAUUUCUAAGGCAUUUCAGUGCAAGCAUGGGAGGGCUUACCUCUUUGAUAAAGUUGUGAAUGUUACUCUUGGAGAGAAAGAAGAGCGGAUGAUGAUAACUGGGAUGCACACUGUUGUUGACAUAUUCUGUGUGGGAUGUGGCUCUAUUGUGGGGUGGAAAUAUGAAGCUGCGCAAGAGAGAGACCAAAAGUACAAGGAAGGGAAGUUCAUCCUUGAGAGGUUUAAGAUCUUGGGUCCAGAUGGAAGCAACUAUUCAAUACUUGAAGAUGCUCAACUGGGAGGAAGUGAUACAGAUGAACCUUGAGUAACCAUUCAUUGUCAUUUAGAAUCAAAGAUCUAUUACAACUGUACAUCCUCUCAACUUCCAAUUUGUAAUUGCUUUUAGUACAGAUGCAAGUAGCUUAUAUAUAGACAAGUUUUGCAGGAUCAUUUUCGAAUUACUUUUAGUCUCUAUGGUCUCAAAUUGCUCUUGUAGUCUUUGACUACCAUUGAUAUUUGGCCAAUACUGUUCAUUAUAUGAUGUAUCUUAUAUUUUCCCCUAAUUCCUCAA